UGCGAGCAGCCCAGAUAACGGAAGUCAGUCUUCAUGAUGCUCUAUACUCCAGGAGACAGUUCGGGAAAUGCGUUAGGCAUGAUCGCAUCUCACGAACCUGCCGGCAUCGUGGUUCGGGUCGGUAAAGACUGCGGUCAGAACUGGAAGGUCGGUGAUAGAGUUGGGGCUCUCAACUACAAAAAUUCAUGCGGCAAAUGUAGUGGCUGCCGUCUGUCACUUCGUACUAGCAAGAAGCAAAGUCUGGACCCAAGAUUUUGCGAAAAGCGACAAACCGCUGGCUUUCAUCAUGAUGGGGCAUUUGCCGAGUAUCUUGCCAUAGAUCCGGAGACCACCGUCAGCUUACCGCCAUCCCUGUCUUUCGAACAAGCGGCACCAUUGAUGUGUGCAGGUGCUACAGUUUGGGGCUCACUAGAAAAGGCAACACGUGAACUGGAAGCAGGAGACACUGUGGCUAUCGUCGGCAUCGGGGGGUUGGGUCAUCUCGGUUUACAGUUUGCCACCGCCAUGGGUUUUCGCACCAUAGCGGUCGACAGUCGACCAGCAGGGAGGCAGCUCGCUACCGAGAUGUUCAAUGAGAGUCUGAGGCCGGCACUGGUGGUGGACUCUGUCUCGGAGCAUGCGACCUCUCAAAUCAUGGACUUUACCAACGGAGAGGGAGUAGCCGCAGUUGUGGUUUGCACAGACUCCCUGGCAGCCAACAGUUGGGCAUUGACGCUCCUACGCAUUGGAGGCGUCAUGGGAGUCUUGGGCUUACCUGCUGAGAAUUGGAGGUUCGACUCUAGUGUCAUCGUUUUCAAAGAGCUCACGAUUCGGGGAAGUUAUGUUGCGAGUAGAGAGUCUACCGAAAGGAUGAUGGAGGCUGUGGAGAGGGCCAGCAUUAGGUCUCACAUCACUCUGAUGUCGUUCGACGAGAUCCCGGGCAUUGUCGCGGUUUAUCAGGAUAGUGGAUUCAAAGGCAGACUUGUGGUGCGCCUAGCAGAGUAAGGAUACUCCAUCAACUGAGGAGUGUUUCCCUGCUUAUUCGAAAAGAUAACAUGCGCCCUACCACAAUCUAGGUAGUCAUAGUCAGUACGAGAGUGACAACAACGUGAGAUAAGGC